CUCAGUGUGUGGUGAAGUUGCACUGUGUACACACACAGGUGAUAUAAAGAGUCCUUGCAGUGCCAGAGAGCUCAUUAUACCCUCACAAUGGGGAGCUUCACUCCAUUCCUGUGGAUCUUUACACUCUUUGCUUUGCCUCAGUCAUUUGAGGGCGCUGUCGUCCGGCUGGAAGGCGUGGAGCGCUACGAGGUGGUGAGACCGAUCAGGCUGCGUGAAUUACACAAGAGAGACACGCAGAGGCACCGUCCGAGCAUUCUCCGGUACAGGCUGACGGUAGAAGGGGAACACGUCGAGAUGCAUCUCGAAACGAACGAGGAUUUGCUCGCCAAGGAUUACGUUGAAACGCGCUACACCGAGGAUGGCGAGAAAGUAACGACAGCCCCUCAAGACCUGGAUCACUGUUAUUACCAUGGGCACAUACACAACGACAGUGGCUCCUCAGCGAGCAUUAGCACCUGCACAGGAAUCAGGGGAUUCUUCAAGACUCGCGGCCGGCGCUAUUUAAUCGAGCCUCUAUCAGAGCAGGCUGGGGAUACGGAUGAACAUGCCGUGUACAGAUACGAGAGUCUGGAGCAGGUGCCGGCUGUCUGUGGGGUCACCAACACGUCCUGGGACGACACGUAUCCCAAAACCAGUACGGUGCGCUCCAGAGCCUCGGGGAGAGCGCUUACACAAGAUUUCAAAUACAUUGAGCUGUUUAUUGUUGCUGAUAAUUUAGAGUACAAGAAAAUGAAGAGCAGCUUUGAUGCAGUUCGCUCUCGGGUGUUUGAAGUGCUCAACUUCAUCAACAUGGUGUACAAGCCCCUCAGAACCUUUGUGGCUCUGGUUGGGUUGGAGGUCUGGACCGACACUGACAAGAUACAAGUGACAGCGCCCGCUGGUCAGACCCUGGACGCGUUUACUACGUGGAGAAACACUGAGCUGGUCAAGACCAGGAAGCACGACAACGCUCAGCUGCUGACAGCUAUUGACUUUGAGGGCGCCACAGUAGGACUUGCCUUUGUAGCGACGUUGUGUUCAGGACACUCCACUGGGGUUAUUCAGGAUCACAGCACAAGUGCAAUCGCUGUUGGGGCCACGAUGGCCCACGAGAUGGGCCACAACUUAGGCAUGAGCCAUGACUCUUCAGCCUGUGUCUGCAGUGACUCCUCUUGCAUUAUGGCUCCUGCUCUCAGUUACACCACUCCCAAAUUAUUCAGCAGCUGCAGUUUCCAGAACUAUCAGGACUUCCUUACCCAGAGAAACCCUGAGUGUUUGUUGGAUAAACCUGACAAGAAGGAUCUCCUCACAGACCCAGUGUGCGGCAACAGAUUCGUCGAGCGUGGAGAGCAGUGUGACUGUGGCACCGUGGAGGAGUGUACAAACCAGUGCUGUGAUGCUAAAACCUGCAUGCUAGCGAAGGAAGCCCAGUGCGCUGAGGGACCUUGCUGUGAGAACUGUAAGAUCAUGUCGGCAGGAAUAGAGUGCCGGAAAAGCAAAGACGACUGCGAUCUCCCGGAGUUCUGCACUGGAGACUCUAACCAGUGUCCUGAGGACAUGUUCACAGUCAACGGAGCACCAUGCCAGAACGGGCAAGGCUAUUGCUACAAUGGGGAAUGUCCCACAUUAGCGGAUCAAUGCAGAAGCCUGUGGGGAUCAGGUGCUGUGGUGGGCGAAGAUAAAUGCUUUGAUCGCAACACUCAGGGAACAUACUAUGAAUUCUGUAAACGAACACCAACUGGUGAUUAUGUUGGCUGCCAGAAAAAGGAUGUGAAGUGCGGAAAGCUGUUUUGUAGCGGGGGAAACUACAGCCCUAGCUUGGGGACUGGGGUAAUGUUCUGGAACUGCAAAACCAGCUUCUUCAGAGACAAGGACGAGGAGGACAAAGGACUGGUGCAAAAAGGCGUCAAAUGUGGGGAUGGAAAGGUUUGCGGUGGUGGUGAAUGCAAUGAUAUACAGUCUGUUUACAGGUCUGCUAACUGCUCUGCCAAGUGCUCAGGACACGCGCAAUGUAACCACAAACUGGAGUGUCAGUGUGAGCCAGGGUGGUUUACCUCCAGUUGUCAUACUCAGAAUCCCACAGGCCUGUCAAAAGACACUAUUAUUGGCAUCGCGGUCUCUGUCUGCUGUCUGCUCCUCAUCCUUCUCAUCGGAGUACUUGCAGUGGUACUCUUUAUCAAGAAGAAACAGACGCGACUCCACAGGCCCACUUCUAGCAGACAGGUAUCCGGACUUUCAAACCCCAGCUUUUCACAACAUCAUCAGAAACCGCCCCCGUCUCAAGGACAGUACAGCAGCAUGUAUCCCCCUCGGGCUGCCCCGCCCGCCCCUCACUCUGCAUUUAAACCAGGCCCCACCCCCUCAGCACCCCCCUCAAACACCAGACCCUCGGCUCCCCCUCCUGCAGUGCCAGUGUUCAACACUAGACCGUCUCCAGCUCUCCCUUCUGCCGCCAAACCAACCGGGCAGGUGACCGUGAAGCCCACCGCACCUCCGAUCCCAAGUUCUAAACCAGCCGUCUCCCUGGCUAAUGUGAGAGCUGGUCUGAAACCUGUGAAUAAUCCAAGAGUCUAGGACAGGAUUGGAAGGUGGGCAAGGAGGACAACUUCAGCUUGCCACUUUUGAUUAAGACUGGACCACAUAAUCAACUGGGAUGAUCUAGAGACUUAUUAAGUUGGACAAAAUAAUUGAAACACCCGCCAUAACACUGUCAAUAGGGUGCAUGUCUGUAAGGUGUUUAGAUGGCUUAAUGGGAGUUGGGUAUGGAGCUCUGUCAUCACAUUUGAGACUGUUGCUUGUGAAACAUUAGGAAUUGGGUGCGGUUUACUCGUGGAAGCACCUACCAACUGAGCUCCUAAUGUCAGCCUUACAGUCACACAGGAAUGAACAGAAAAUGAGACCUUGUGUGUGUGUGUGCUUCCUUCCAUUAAACUGGCUACCUCCAUGCUUACACAAUCCACUUUUCCUGCCAGCGGUAACACAAACGCUAUGUCACACAGAUGGGCUGUUAUUAGCAGGGCACGAAGUCCCCAAGGCCAGAGCCAUGUUAACCAAUCACAAAUUUCCUGAGUCCCUGACGUCAGAAACGAUGGGUCUCCCACACCACAGGGACAGUGAAGGACAGGUAUUUGGAAUACGCUGGUUACUAAUGUUCCACAACAUAGCUCAAUGCUCCACGUCUCUUAUACUGCUUACCUUAUUGUAAAUAUCUUGUUUGCAGGACUUAUUCCGAAAACAGAGUUUAAUAAUGGAAUGCAAGCCUGCAUGUAAGCAUACUGACUGGCCACUUUAUAUACAUUUUGUAAAAAGAUGUUACAUUUUAGUAACGUGUACUGUCCACACUGGUGUUACCGUCCAAUCAUUAGAUGUACACUCUAAGAGAAAUUGAGUCACGUACGGUUCUAUUGGGUAUUUGGGGCAUUCGUGUUUAACAGACUAUACUUCAAACCAAAAAAAAAUCAGAUUACAAGACAUGAAUAUGCAGUGUUUUAACACAAUGCACUGUGCUCAGUAUGAAAUUGUCUCGAACAAUGUUUAUUAGACAAGGCCAUUUAAAAACAAAAGUACUGUGAGACUAUAGCCAGGCUGAGACUGCCAUUGUUGACCACUUUAUUUAUUUACUGUUUAUUUAACCAAGGAAAUAACAGGUUUUGUUUUGCAACAUUUGAUCUUGAUUAAUUAUCGUUUGUUAGAGGAGGGAGGGAGGGUUCUCUGGUGAUUCCAUUUUAUUUUCAUUUUGUAAAAUAAAGAAAAAAAAUGUAAAAAAAAAAAAAAAAGUUGCAGUAGAGAACUUGAUGUUUUUAUGGACUGUAUAUAGCUGUGCCUGCUAUCUGCCCACAUGUAUAUUCAUAAAGAUCCUACAGCACUGAUCUACCACUGCCCUGUUGAGAGCCCUGAUCCGGACCACCAUUCCUCUCUCCCGCAUCUGGGCUGCAGGUGCAGAAGCUGGACUCCCAGGAAAGAGUCCAUUAAUGUCGCACCUUCGGAUCUGCUUGCAGACGCUAAUCAACGGGAGACAGAGAGACCUCGCUCGAGGUGCCUUUGCUGUAUCAAACCCAGAUCCUCUCCCGGUCUCCCGCUCAGUGGCUUGAAAUCAAGUUCCAAGCCACAGUGCUUUCACGUUCCCUCAACUUUACACGCGUAACAAAUACAUCUGGGAUAGCAACUGCGCAGCUAUUGUUUACACACAACGCACUUUACAGAAUGAGAAUAUGCAGAACGUUUGGGAUCACCUGUGAUGGGAGUGUUUACUAUUAUGUAUGUUAUUAUUACCAGAAACCAAACUACAUAAAUAACUUUAAACAAUA